UUAUAGGUAGAAUCGUAGGAUUGAUUAAUAUAGUGUACCCCUUUAAUUCCUGCUAUGCCCUAUCGAUUGUGCUUUAAAUUACAUAUUUGUUAUAACUUCUGUCCAUUUAAGUACUUUUUAUUGUGCGAUGCAAUUUUAAUGGAAUGAUUUUUACAAUAGACUUCAAAAAGUUUCAGUAGAAUAAUUUAAAACAAAUACGAGCAAAUACUUGAACUUGUUGCUAGUAACGAUAUGUUUUGUUGUCAUAUGGAUUGUAAAACCACUUUGAAGUCUAUUACUUUUAAUUGAAUAUAAAUAUUUCAUACGAGAACUAUAUAAUUACCAAUUUAAUAUUGAUAAAAUCCUCGUAAUGAGAGAAGAUAAAUACUAUUGGGUUAUUAAUAUUGAUGAAGUAUUAUGACAAAAAGUUGAUUUCAUGAAUAAGAUUAAAACAAAGGCGUUUCAAUUGGGACACAUGUCAAGUAUAUAUAUUCAGCAGAUAGUUGUUUGUUCGUUAUUCAUGUUGACAAGUCUCGAGUGAUAUCAUGUGCAUACAUUGAAUAUUUUUUGUAUUACAUUACAACCGCAUGUGGUAACAUGGAUUCAUUAACUUUAAACAGUAUGAAAUUCAUAGGAAAACUGAAAUCAGGUGUGAAUAAGCGACGGACGAGAAAUAGUUACUUUUGUACACUGUGUAAAGAUGACUUCAAGGAUCCUCGACUUCUCAACUGUUACCAUUCUUUCUGUAGAUUUUGUUUAGAUGAGUAUCUGAUGGUUAACUAUGAGGAUGGAAACUUCCCAUGUCCACUUUGUAAAGAGAUGAAUAUUGCCCCUGUCAAUGGGUGUAGAGGUUUACCAAAAAACCAAUACAUAAAGAUCAGUGACAGUGACUCUCAAAUUAAUUGCGACCUUUGCGAACAUAGAAUAAAAGCAGAAUCAGUAUGCAAAGAUUGCAAUACAAACUUGUGUAAAUUUUGUCUAAUUAGCCAUAUAAGUAUGCAAGGAUCUAAAUACCACAAUGUUAUAAGUCUAGGGAAAGGACAAGAACCGAUAAGAACAUGUUCUAUACACACAAAGGAAGAACUGUUAUAUUAUUGCGAUACUUGCGAGAAACCUAUUUGCAACAUGUGCAACACAACGGAACAUAAAACUCAUCGUAGUAAAGAUAUAGCAAGUAUGGCAACUAUUUUGAGAGAACAACUUGGAACAUCGCUGAAAACGGCCACAUCGAAUACGAAUGCAAAUAACUUUCAAAAUAAAGUUGCUGAACAGAAACGGAAAAUCAAAGCGUACCAAGAAGAUGUUAUCGCCAUGAUUGAUGAACGGACCAACGAAUUACAUAGACUAGUGAAUGAGAUACGCGGCGAAUUUGUAAGGAAAGUUGUUAACGAAAAUGAGGAAAACAUAAAACAACUAGAAGAUAAUAUGAACACGUUGAACACGAAUGUAGCUGCAAUUGAGGAACUUCUAAAAUUAGGAAAUAUAUAUUUACAAAACGCUUACAAUAUAGAUAUCGUAGUCCAUACACCGAAACUACAGAAUAAAAUUGAAAAAUUACAAAGAUUAGACGUUCAAAUUUCGGAAAUUAAGCUUACAAACUUUUAUCCAUCGCAAACUGGCAUUACAGAUUUUGAAAUAGAGAAAAUUUUUGGAACAUUUGAUAAAUUAAAUAAAAGACCAAAACACAUUCAAUCAAUUUCCAGGCUUUCAGAAUUACGUCGCUCCCACUCCGAAGAAGAUCGCCGAACUAAUUCAAUUAGCUCACUUCGUUCAUUUGAUGUGUCAUCUUCUUCACUCAGUAAAAAAUCUUUCUGGUGUUCCGAAGGUACAGUUACUGGCUUGACAUUACUACGGGACGGGUCUGUUUGUGUUUGUCUCGGAGGUGAAGGUAUUCUUGAAACCUUUACCACAACCGGUCUUCGAAUUGGACACCAAAAGUUCAAUCAUCCAAUUGACGAUUUAGUUGUAUCUAGAAAUGGAUCUCUUUAUAUUAGCUCAAACUCAGAAAAAAAAAUAUUCAAACUUGUAAAGGAAAAUAAGGAGAUAUUUGCUGAGACACGUUCUUGUGUACGGGGACUUGCAAUUGAUUUCGACGAGAAUUUAAUUGCUGGAAUGACAGAAAAGGGUUCUUUCUUCGACAGACACCAAGUUGGACAUGUCACUGAAAUAUCAAAGACACAUAAGGUUAAGAGAAUAGUAAAUGUCAACAAAAUUAGGUAUCCAGCAAGAAUUGCGAUUGGUCAGAAUCGACGCAUAGUCGUGUCUGAUUGGAUACAACUCUCUGUCUUUAUUUGUAAGGGGGACAUAAUUAUUGGAACGUAUUCUGGUAUUGUUGACUCAGAACAAGAAUUUAUACCACGUGGAGUUUGUUGUUGUGAAAAUGGUGAUAUAGUUGUUGUAGACAUUUCUACAAACUGUCUUCACUGGCUGUCACCUGAAGGAAGACUUCGCAGGGUUGUGUCCCUUGAUAAUCAGGAGGCUUGGAGUGUAACAGCCGAUCAAAAUAAUACUAUCUGGAUAGGCACCAAAAAUGGUUAUGUUUUUCCGGUAGAACUAUUAAGUUAAUACAUAAAGGGAUACAAUCCUCAACUGAGAAUACACAAUCCAUACUAUAGACAAGAUUUUACAUUAAUUUUGUUAUUGCUGUUUUGCUGGUUCCCGCAAAAUAACGAUUUAUAUAUGAGUUUUUCUAUUUUCCGGUCUUAAUUCUGAUUUGUAGUAUAUUAGUUACAGUAAGAAUUUAAAACAAUUUAUACUGAAAAACAAUACAUGUAAAGCACGUGUGUUAUAAUUGACAUUAUUUUCUUUUUUAGGUAGUCUC